CUGAGUGAGCAGCAGGAGGGGAAACUCGGUGCGUUAGGAGAAACGCGCGGACCCCGGCACCUCUACAGCGGUGUCCAGCUGUGCUGCUGUGAGUGUGUGUGUUUUUAACCAUGCGUGCGGAGCGGCAGACCGUCGGAGCGGGCCAAACGGCACUUCAGAAAUGAUUAACCUGCAAGCACAGACGGAUUCCCCCCCUCCUCUUUAAAGUGUUUGCUGCCAUCUGUGUUUAUUCAUCUCCGACCAUGAGCACCCUCCAGCAGCUGGGCACCAUGGCCUUUCUGCUGAAGAAGAAGAAGUUUAAGUUUCAGGUGCACUUCACUCUGGAGGAGCUGACAGCGGUGCCGUUCGUUAACGGAGUGCUUUUCUGCAAGAUCCGCCUGAUUGAUGGAGGGGACUUUGCCAUCUUAUCGUCCAGGGAGGAGGUGCAGCAGAACUGCGUCCGAUGGAGGAAGAAGUUCUCCUUUGUGUGCAAAAUGAGCGCCAAUGCGAUCACUGGAGUGCUGGACCCCUGCAUCUGCAGAGUGUCUGUACGCAAGGAGCUGAAAGGAGGAAAGACCUUCUCAAAGAUAGGUUUUGCUGAUCUCAACAUUUCUGAGUUUGCUGGUUCAGGCUCGACCGUCCGCUGCUGCAUCCUGGAGGGUUAUGACACCAAAAACACUCGACAGGACAAUUCUAUCCUCAAGGUAAUAAUUGGGAUGACUCUCCUGUCGGGGGAUCCCUGCUUUAAAACGCCUCCCAGUACGGCCAAAUCCAUCUCCAUCAGUGACGAGGACCCCAACCUACAGCUGGACUGUAAGGGGGAGAGCACUGAUGCCACAAUGCAGCCACCAGGGGGCAUCGUGGAAGGAGCCCGAACCUUCAAACCCCGACAGUCAUCAGUACGGAGCUCAGGGCUGCCUGAGGAGGGAGGGAGCGUCUCCAGUCCAGACGAGGUCUUUCAGUUCGGUCACUUUCGCAGCUCCAGCUACGCCAGCCAGCACAGCAGGAUAUCAGGUUACAGCACCGGCCACUCUCGCUGCUCCAGCCUGAAUGACCUCAGCCACCACAGGAAUGCCUCCACUUCCAGCAGCAGCACCUCCUGUGGGCUCGCCCACCCCUCCCAGCCACGUUCCUCCACCCCCACCGAGCCGCACCGCCAAGCGACCCCCACCAAACCGGAGCGACCUCCUCCUCCCUCUGCAGCAGCCCUCAUGUCCAACAGAUCCUCCAGGAGGAAGAAGGAGCCCGUGCAGAGGACGCCCAGCUGUGUGGACGACACCCGCAUCGAUGCAGACGUCAUCGUGGACACGAUUGUAAAGAGUCAGGACUUUGACAGCAGCAACAACGAAGACAGCAACUUGAGGCUGUUUGUCAGCAAAGAUGGGACCACAGCCCUCAGCGGGACGCACCUCACCAACAGAGUGACUUCGGGCAUCUUUGAGCCGGUGGUGAUCGAGACUCACUGAGAUCGACUCGCCUCAUCGUGACAUCUGAUUGUCUCCAUACGUGCAGACAUGCACACGCAGCCUGAUGUGCAUCCGCCGUGGGGUCGAUUUGAGCUUUCUAGUGUUUUUAAUCAGGCCUGUUUUUAACCUGUUUCUAACUUUAUUGUUUUUUGAGCCCGUUUAAACAGUUUGUCCUGUUAUAUCACAGCUCGUCCCCUUUCCUGGGAAGCCUUUAUUUUGCAGCCUCAGCAAGAAGUGCCGAUUGCAUUGUGAUAACUGGAGAUGAGUGCCAGGAGGAAACAUGCACAGGAAUUAGCCAUUCAUGCUCUGAAUAAACUAGUAUGUGGAUUUUCAUGAGAAAAGCUGGUGAAUUUGGGAAGAAAAAAUAUGGGUUUCCAAGAAAAAAAGCAAAUUUAUUAGAAUAAUUUUGCUGAUUUUCUAGGAAACAAAAAACAGGCAAAUUUACAAGGAACAAAAUGGCAAAUAUUCCAGAAAAGAACCAAUAAGAUUAAAAACGGCAGCCCUUUUAGCUUUGAAUGCAUCACUGCACACAUUUCAUUUCAUUUCAGGUUUUUGCUCCAAGCUUUUCUGUUGGGGAAGAAGUCGAUGCUAACCUAAUGUCAGAGCAGGACAUCAGAUUUUUUCUGAUUGUUUAUCCCCCUGAGAGUCGCUCUGCAGACACGCUGAGAAAAAACCAACCUGGAACUGAAGCUUUUAUCUUUUUAUCAUAUUUUAAUGUUAUUUGAUGACUGCAUAUAUACUUAUUACACUGUUUUGCACACGUGAACUCUUAAAGGAGGACUGAUAGAAACCACUAGAAGCAAACUGAGCUGGGUUGUUGUCUGAAACCACAUGAAAUCUUCUGUUUUGUAAUUUCUCGUCUGUUGGCUCAGCCCCUGAAAGCUUACGUUCAUAUGGCUGGCCAUAUGCAACCAUCCACCCUCUGCACACGCUCCUGUAAACCCAUCACAAAUGUCAGGUGUUAUUUUACUUCCUUCUCAGCCACAUUUUCUUUUAAUCUUUGGCUUCUUUCACAUCCCGAGUGCACACAAAUAAGCUGAACCCACAAUGUGGAUGUUUGAAGGCAGGAGAUCUUUAACGAGCGCCUCUUCUGCUCACACUCAGCCCCAGGUUUUAUUCUAAGACUCCACUGGAGCAGCUUUUCGUGACACUGGCCCGUUAUGCAGCCCCUCAAUUCAUCCACAGGAGCUGUUUAAGCACCUGCCUCUCUAAGCAGCCUCUUCCUAAACAUCCAGUUUCCACUGAUUGGCUAGCUUCUGGAAGCCUGCAGAAGGGAAAAUCUACUUAGUUCACAGGGAUCACUUUACAAAUGCUUACCUCAUGUUUCUGAAACAUGUGACACUGUAAUGUUUCAUAUAUGUGACAGAAAAUAGGAGAAACAUAACAGGAACCCAUUAAAAAAUGUGACAUUACAACAGGAAGUGACGUCAGCAGGCUGUGAACACAUUAGUGUGAGCAAACAGCACAUUUACUCAGUAUACACAAAGUGAGCAUUUAUUUGGAUGACUGCUGCUUUGCCUUUGGUUUGGCUGAGCUAACCCGGCAGCUGCUCACUGUCCUCUGCUGUUUGCUGCAGAGUAAUGUGGAGGCGGCUGAUUGGUGUCGCUGCUGCAGCUCCUCACACAGGAACCUCUGAGAGCCCGAGCAGCAGCUUUGAGUCAUCGAUGAGAUUUUUAUUAAAAAAUGGGCACAGCUUUAAGGUGCAAUAUUUCAAGAUUUGUUUUACGGCUCAUCCACCUUUGGAACCAUAAUCAAUGCCUUUGGUUGAUUGAUUAUUAAUUAACUGCUGACAUUCUGUCACAGUGUUUCCCAAGAAGACCGACUUCUCUGGACUUUGUAGCUUUGGGCAGUUUCCGUGUCGAGGCCUGUGCAGCCUCUGCAGCCCUGAGGCUGUGGGCUGGUGCUGGCUGCAGUGAGGUCAGUCCCACAGCUGCAGCAGCACAAAGCCCCCCUCUGUGCCAGUACUGACAGUAUACAAUAGAGCUUCACCCCCCCGCAGAACUCAUUUGUGCAUUUGUGAUUAUGUUCAUGUUGCAAGUUGUGCAUGCGGGCCGUGCAUUUCUGACUGAUGUGAAAGGAUGUUAUGUAUAUCAGACAGUUUUUUGAGCCUUCUGGUGCAUCAGGUCACGCAGAAGUAGUUGGUUAAUUCUGGGAUCAGUUGUAAACAAGUGCUGGACACUUGGGAGAUCCUUAGAGUUUUCUGUCGCCGUCCAGAUGGUAGAAUCUGGUCCACUGCCCCUCAAAAUUUUGAGAUGGCUUAGAAAAGUCCAUCUUUCUGAAAAUAAAGGAUAUUUUUAAUCUAACAUUAAAAUCAUUAUAAUGUAAAUAAAAAUUGAUGAUUAAUGGAACUGUUAAUUAUAAAUGCUAUAAUAUAAUAUAUAAUAUAUGAUAUCAUACCUAAUGCAAGUUUAUCACGUUAAAAGGCCUAUUAGUUAUUAGAAUAAAUUAGAUGUCUGUCGUUACCUUUAAAAGCCCUUAAUGGGUUCUGAGUGGUUUUGGGGGUGGCCAGACUUUUUCUGUGGCGCCCAUUUUUCCUCCAGCCAGGUCUGGAGCAUCAUCCUGUGAUUGUAGCUUCAGUUUUCAGGCUAUUCCAUGUGAGAAUUUUUUUUAAAAACUGAAGAUUUAAUAGAACGAUGUGUACUGCUCCCUUUGCAGAAUACCACAGACUUUCUUUAAUGGGAAUAGAAAGAGAAAUGAGAGGCACUGCUGCACAACUGAGAACAUACAUAGUCUGUAGCUUGAGAAUGAGAUCACAGAUUGGCAGCUUCAUUAAAUGGUACCCAUAACAGCUGGAUUGAGAUUAUUUGUGAAAGGAGUAGUACAUAUGGCUGCAUAAAUAUACAAAGUUUUUUUUGUUUUUUGUUUUUAAAUUGGUAAUUUAAUGUGUGAACAGUGUAGAUUUCUCAGAACAACUCUCUGAGUUGUUUAGAAAAAACCUCCUUUCAUAGAACAGCACAAACUUGCUCUAAUCAGAACAGUGAACAUCCGAGCAGUAGGACAAAUACAUCUGUCUCUGCCUUCCCAUCAGAAUGGAAUGUUCUGUGGAGGGAGUUGUACACACAGUUGUAUAAAAGCAGCAGGUUCAUUUUGGCAAUUUUUUUACUGCCUUACUUUCUUUGAACAGGAAUACUCUCAUUUGUUUCAUGAUAUUUUUUUCAUGCAAUGGAGUGUACUACUCCCACCACUGAACAGCACAAUUGGCUCAAACUAGAACAGAAAGAGGAGUGGGAGGGCACAGUAAAUAACACAUAAAUAAAAUAACCAGAAGUUUUGUCUUAUGGAUGGCAAAAUAGUUUUUUUGUUGUUGUAUUAUUUUUUUUUUCCAGUGGUGGAAAUAAGCUUCCACAGUGAAGGGAGUAGCACUCACAGCUAGACAGAGUAACAGGUAGCCUUUUUCAUGCAAUGGCGUGUACUACUCCCUCCACAGAAUAGCCAAACUGGUUCCAACUAGAACAGAAAGGGAAGCACAACUGGCAAAGUGCAGAGUUUUUGACUAAGAGAUCAAGUGUUCAUUCAGAUGGAAGCUUUAUUAAAUGGUACCCAGAACAAUCAGAUUGGGCUGAUUUCUGAGGGAGCAGUACACACUGUUGUAUAAAGUUGCAUUAGGUAACUAUCUCCUUUCUGUAUUUUGUAAACAUAUUCCAUUUAACAUUAAUUUUAAUGUACAAUAUUUAAGAUUGAUUUUAUGGUAAGAUUACAUUUUUCUUUUAAAAAGAAGGGCUUUUCUAAGUGGGAUAAAGUAAUUAUCCACUUAAAUUCAUUUUAUUAACAGUCCAUAUUUGUCACAUUUGUGUACUUAUGUAUGUUUGUAUGAAUGAAAUAUGUGAUGUGGAAACCAUAUAGUCGAUUUUCCUUUUAUUUUCAGACCAGCGGGCUGGUCUGCAGCACAGAACUGUGUGUUAAAAACGUAUAUUUUAUGGUGACUAAACAGUAAUUAUUUACAGUCUGGGGUUAUUGGGGAAAGUAUGCAGUAAAGGGAUCUGUGUGCUACUGUGAUUUGUUCUAGAAAUACUCACUCUGUCUUUGUACUUGACCUUAUGUAACCUUAUGACCUUAUUAAGGAAAUGUUUUAUUUUCUGUGGUGAAAGAUUUUUUGUUGGGACGGGUUAUAUCGCUUUGGUAACUGUGGUACUGAGUUAAUGAGAUGGGGUUUGGUAAAGGGAAUAUACUUCACAAAAUAUUUUCCACUAUAUUUUAAAAUGUAUUUAAUUCAAAUUAAACUUAGCAAAUGUGCAGAAUUAUAGUAAAUGCAUAUAAAAUAUUAAUAUAAGCAUCAGUAAGUUGGGUGAACGUAAUUUUGUUUUUGGUACAUUUGUGUUUUUCUGAGAACAGAAAAUCUGUUUAGUUUUGUUUUCAAAUGUUUUCUGACUCCAUGUAGAAACAUUUUCACUCCAGGAAAUAAACGUAAGAGUCGCACCGAGUUCAGAUGAUCUGAACGAUUAAUAACUGCAUGUAAACAAAGGAGUUCUGAUGGA